GUUAGGGGUUCAGAUCAACCUCCACAACCCAGGGCUGAUCCUAGACCCUCGACAUACUGACUGGAAGAUGACACUCAUUAGCCAUAGGCGAGAAACGAGAGCAUACCCUAUAGACGACUACCAGUCUCCCUCUAUAUCGACAAACUAUAGCGACGGACUUAGCCAUUCACACCCGAAUGUGACGAGACAGGCCCAUUACACACAACUACAGGGCGCAUAA